CUGAUCCUUGCACUCCUUCCGGGUUCCUGCUAUACCUACUUCACUCUCGCAGGGCACUAUAUACUUCUAUCGCCAUUUCAUUUGGCAUACACUACCUGGAGAUCCACGUCAUAUACCAUCAAGGCGAAACAUCGGGCAUCUCAUCGGAUUCUACCUUUGACGCAAUCUAACUCGUGCGUGCAGUCACGUUCGACAACAUGGUAGCAGGAGGUCAAGCCGGAGAUCCCUCCAGGUCCGAUAGUCAGGCCCACUAUGGCUCAUACGACAGCACCUCUCGGAAUGCGGCUGCCUCUUCUUCCUCUUCAAACUACUCUCAUCUUUCUUCAUCUUCGACUUCGCCGCCGACGCAGCGCAAUUACCCCAACUCUUAUGCCCCAGCGCACACAGAAGGUCAGCGCACAGUGGUCUCAUCAACAUCGGACCCGCUGUCUCUAGACGCUGGGCAGGGCUCCUCCCUGCUUCGAGGUAGCGAAGCAGACAAGAGGAGACAGCGCAUUCAACAAGCCUGUAAGAGCUGUGGUGCAAAGAGAGUCAAGUGUGACGGCGCUCUGCCCUGCAAUACCUGUCUUAGGACGGGCGAGCAGUGCGAGUAUGGAAGGCCCAAGAAGCGAGGACCGCCCAAAGGCUCAACGAGGGCUCCACCCAAGCGCCUUGCACAGCAGCAGCCCUUGCAGACGCAUCAGAGUGUGCAGCAGAGCGGGACCUACUCGACUGCCACCUCACAUGGCAGCAGUGGCACUAGCAGCGGAAGUCUGGCGUCUCAUCGCGGUCCUCCUCCGGUGUCAACGUCUCUCCCUCCCCCAUACCGGUCCUUUGAAUACGGGCUCUCCUCUAGCCACUCCCAGCCCUCUCUCAGUGCGUUGCCAAGCGACCCACGACUCGUCUCAGGUCAAGUAGGUGUGCAACGACAGCCCAGGCGGCCAUCCCCUCCAUCUUCGUCAGCUUCGUCAUUAGGCAUUCAUCGGCCGUUCUCUGGGGGCGGGACCCCUCCCGUUCUGCCUCGAUUAUCUACAUCUUCCUUUGACCGUCAGCGAGGCCCUUUGCCGGCACCCUCUGUGCCGUCACCUUCAGCCUCUUGGCAUUCCAAAUUCCGAGGUGGGUCUUCUGGUCUCGUGAACCUGCCUCGGCUCGUACGUACCGAGACAGUAGGCUCCUCCGGAUCACGCUACUGGCCGGACAAUGAGAGUCAUCUUCAACGUGCACCUCGACGAAGCUCUCCUGCCUCAUUCGCACUGGAGCCGAUGGCUUCGACUAGCCGGGAGCCUCCGGCCUCCCCUUCUGCCAUGGGACCUCUGAGCCCUGCAGCCGCGCCUCCCCAGCACCAGCACACCGCCUCGAUAGCUCAAUCAAGUGAUGAAGAGGUCGUGCCUCGGCAACCUCCUGCGUCACUCACGGCAUCUCAGGACCUCGCAUCUGAAGGUGUGUUCCUCGACUCGGCUUCAAGUCUCGAUAGCGUGCGCUCGAGGAUGCAGCUUCAUGAGCCACGCUUUCCUCAAGAAGUGGAAGACACAAUCUAUAGAAAUUACUGGAACAUCAUCUUCGGGCACUGGCCCAUGCUCGUGAAGCGCAUGCUGCCCACGAUCAAUGGCAUUUCACGUGUCGAAGAGCAGACAGAACCUCUGCUACACAACGCGAUAUUGUCCUUGGCCGCGUGCAUCUGGAGCUUCUCGAGGGACGGGCCGUUACCUGCGGUCAAAUUCGGCGAAGAAGAGGAACCUCGAGUGCCUAGCGUCGAAGAGCUGUCCGAGAUCUACUUCACGCGUGCUCGUUACUGGCUGGCUCGUACCGACAACGACUCAAGCAUUGAAACUGCGCAGGCGCUGCUCUGUAUGAGUCUGAGAGAAGGUGGCUGUGGGCGAUCGACGCAAGGUGCUCAUUAUGCGAUGUCAGCAUGUAGAGUCGCGCUUGAUCUUGGCCUUCAUCGGCACAUGCCGACGACUGACGCAUCCCCAGACGAGCUUCAGACGCGUCUCCGUCUGUGGUGGUCGAUCUACACCUUAGACAAACUCAACGCCGCUCAACUAGGUCGACCUUGCGUGUUGCGCUUUGUCGAGACAGAUACCCCAUUGCCCGACACCGAUCAUCCAGACGAGCUGGAAGUCUUGAGCCCCCUUGGCGGGGCAGCUACUGCUGAGCCCACUGAGCAACCCGUGCAAGCUCUCUCCGGACUCGUUGCCGGCUCCGAACUGGCGGUCAUCUUGGAAGAGGUUUUACAACAGUACAAUGUCGCACAACGUAGGAUUCCUCUCCCCACAGAGCGCAAGUUUGGUAGUAGACGUCUUUCGUCAUCCCCAAUUGAGGCUUGGGACGUCGCCGUGAGCAGACUCCACUCUCAAUUGGACGAAUGGUACGACCAUCUUCCGUCUCAUCUCAGGCUACAAGAAGAAGGGUCAACGUUACCGCAUGUCCUGUUUCAGCACAUGUGGGCCUGUGCUACUCGUAUCAUACUUCAUCGACCCCACAUUCUUCGAGAGACAGUCAACGCAACGAGCCUGCCAGACUCCCACCUGAUAUGUACAGAAAGUGCGCUUGAGCUUUGUCGCCUUGUCGCAGUAUAUCGGAGAGAUCAUGGCAUCCGGAAACUUUCUGGUACCAUCUCCUACUGUGUCUUCACAGCCGCAUCGAUUCUACUCGCAAACAGUACGAGUCCGGACGCCAAGAUUGCGGCAGAGGCCAAAGUGCGCUUGAAGGAGUGCUGCGAAAGUCUUGGAGCCAUCGGUGGCACCUGGGGCAACGCUAGUGUUCACCUCUCUAUUCUGAGAAGAUUGGGCGAAAGCAUAGAGGCCGAUCUCGAUGGAACUGGGCUGCAGCCAGAAGAUCCGAGCCUGACCAGCACAAAGACUGCGAUUGCUCACCUGCUUCACCCUGAAGGCGUGACAAGCUCGUCGCGUAGUUCCACACGCGCUCCGGUCUUGUCCCGUGCCUCCAGUCAGCAUCGUGGCAGAGACACACCUGGAGUGUCAGCUCUCAAUUCGGAGCUAAACAGUGCCUUGAAUUCCUCGGUCGGCCUCGAGUCACGCUCGCCGGAUAAGCUGCCCGAGGAUAUCAUGCUUGCUCUCCGUGACGAACAGUACUGGUCACGAAUGCCUCUGUCCUCCGAGAAUGUUGAGGCGUGGAAUCUCUUCACCAAGAGCUAUCUGGAAGGGCGUCAAGCUCCUGACUACUAGCCUAUCCUAUUGGACUGCAUGCAAAUUGGUCCCAAAAAGGUCAAGAGACGGUGUCUGGCCGCGCCGAAGAGCGUCCACCGAUGACCAACGAGAUCUGGUUGAUAUUUUGCGAGGCUCGGGACUGCAGAUCUCAAUCGCCGGUCGCCACU